AUGCGGUCCAUGGUCGAUGGCCCGAUUCUCCAGCCGCCCGACGCCGACACGACCCUCUACAACCUUUGCACACCCCCUGAGCCGCCAGAGAUGUGCUUAUUUGCCGAGAAGGGACCAAGAGAAGAGCCUGCUUUCGACGUGCAUGCCUCUGUGUUGUUCAACGGAGACGGCUGGCUGGUGCCAGACGAUGAACUCGACCGACAAAUACCAAGUACCGCUCUCACCCCCAGAUCUUCUGACUCGAUGCCCGUCCGCAAAGCCACAUGCAGCGACGAAUUGGGCACACUGUCUGGGACUAGGCACAUGGCGAACAGUCCACUUAACGAGUCAAUCAACGAGUACGACGACAUUAUUGAGAUACGAGACGGACCGGUCGAGUUCCCUCAUGUCGGCCUUUCGGAUCUUGACAACUCGAUGGGUAUGCCUGAGACCCAACAUGUAUCACUGCAUCCCGGCGACCCACAGGAUAGAGAGCGGCUUGCGGAGCACUACAACGGACAUCUCAUCGAGUUCCUGAGCGUGAAGACGACAGCAUGGAACUUUUACUCGUACGUCUUCCAGACGGUGCAAACGGGGCCUGAUUCGGCCCUGAAAUAUGGAGUCCUCGCCUGGGCCGAGUCUCACAGAUCUUGGUCCCGCCGACUCGGGUCUGUAUGUCCGGGGUCCCAGUACAUCAAAGCCGAUGCGUACUUAAAACAACUGCACCAAGAGCUCACCGCGCUCCCGACCGACCUGAUGUUUGGAUGCAACUUCCGGGACAAGCUCAACUCACUGCUUGCUACGUCGCUGUUUCUGUCCCACUGCGACGUGAUGUACGGCGACCAUGAGUCGCUGUUCGGAAGGCUUAGUGGUCUCAAACGGUACCUGACUCCGCGAUGGCAGGCCCUGUUGGAGAUUGCAACUGGUGUGCAGUUACGAGUCCUCAUUUGGCUUGCAUAUCUGGACUUGCGAGCCACGUUAUGGACCGCCCCAGCGCCAAGUUCACAGUCCACAGACUGUCAUACGCUAGACAAAGUCGAUGGCUUAUUUGAUCUGCUUAGAGGCAGCCGGACGGACGAUUCUCUGAGACAACUGAAGGACAGUAAAUACUACUUGGUUGAGUGCUUUGGCUCCAAGUAUCCGGAGCAAGAGCUGCGAGACGAUUUGUCCGAAGAACCGUGGAAGCUUUUAUCCGACGACGCCAUGAUUCUUUUCUGCGAUAUUAAAGGACUCUACGCGUGGUGUCAUCAGUUCGUCUCUGCUCAGAAAGACUAUAGCAUUUAUGAAGAACUUCGACAAGCCAAAAUACGGGCUAUCCGUUCCGACAUUGCCAGAAUUCGCGCAGAAUGCAACCAAAUCCAUAGCGAAGAGCUGCAAGCUGGACGUGGCCUCGACUAUACUACACGCGUUCGGUCGCAUUUCCUGAGGUGCACGUGUCUUCAUCUCAGCGCUACGAUCUUGCUGAACCGGAUCACGAGCCCGAAUGUGCGGACCGACCCGGAGUCCCAGGAGGCAGCAAGGGAGAUCAUCCAGAUUACGCAGCAACUCAAGAAGGCUGGGGACUUGCAAUUUCCCCGCAGUGUUGCAUGGCCACUCCCCCUGUUCCUUGCGGGCAUUGAGGUAGAGGACGAAGUCUACCAAGACUGGGUACUCAACUUCAUGGAAGGGCUUGCGGAGUGGGGAGGGAGUGUCAUGAAGGCAACGGCGCUCCUGAGGCGGAUAGUGGACAAACAGGCCAUAGAGGGUGUAAGGAUCAGUCCGUGGCACACCAUGAUGGAGCUCGGAGAGACAAUUAUAGUGUAA